AUGGAGCAGUUCAGUGCUGAGGAACGAACGUACUUCGAAUGGUUCUCGGACAAAUACAAGGUUAUAGCACGGGCGGGUGAGGGCACGUUCAGUACCGUGUAUAAGGCCGUGGAUUUGAAUAACACAGAAUCUGACAACUCGUACUCAAACGCAGCAAUAAAGAAUAUAACAAUGACCAGUGCGCCUAGCCGUGUUGCGGAGGAAUUGCGCUUCCUGAAGAAACUGAACGGUGAGAACGGCGUAAUACCGCUCCUGAACGUGCUCAGGUUUGAGGAUCAGGUGGUUGCAGUCUUUCCGUACUUUGAUUGCUCUGAUUUCAGGGAGUUUCUGGAAUUUUGCACCAUCAAUGAUACCAGGGUGUAUAUGCGACAGUUAUUGAUAGCACUCAAGCACACACAUGACAAUCAUAUCAUACACAGAGACAUCAAGCCAAGCAAUUUUUUGUACAAUAGUGUGCAGCAGAGAGGCUUUCUGAUUGAUUUUGGGCUGGCACAGGAGGAAAAGAGCGUUCAAACACCGGAAGAACCGCCUACUAAGAACACGAAGACGAAACCAUCGGUAACAUUUUUUAAUUCUGUUGUAUCGAGAUCUACGCAGCCUCCGGGUUAUUACCAGACAGACACCAGACCGGUCAUGAAAGCGCAGCGAGCAGGGACACGUGGAUUUAGAGCACCUGAGGUGCUUCUCCGGAAUCCGAACCAGACUAUUGCUAUUGAUGUGUGGUCGGUAGGCGUAAUAUUUCUUAUAUUGUUGACCAAACAAUAUCCUUUCUUCAAUUCGCUUGAUGAUUUGGAUGCUCUUGUGGAAAUAGCCUGUAUAUUUGGCAACAACGAGAUGAGAAAGCUGGCUAAGCAUCACGGUAGGGUGUGGAAAACUAAUUUGCCUAGCAUUCCAAACGACAGGAUAUCCUUUGAACGAAUAGUACGUGGUUUAAACCCAAACUGUGGGCUGGAUAGGCAUGGAUACGAUUUGCUGUACAGAAUGCUUGAGCUCUACCCAGAGAAAAGAGUCACGGCGGAGGAAGCGCUCGUACAUCCAUUUCUGCAAAAUGGUCAAUAA